AAAUGAAUUCUUAUCUACUGCCAGACGUGAACUCGCAACAGAUGAUGAGCGCCAAGUUCUCGCAGCGAACGAACCUGUUGCUGCUGCCGCUCGUGUAUUUCCAUUGGCUGCUGGGCGUCAUGUCGGAGUACCAACAGAACCUGGCACUGUACUCCAUCUUCUCCAUCCUCAACUCGGUGCUGGGUGUGCUCGUCAUGGUCUUUCAUUGCAGCAACAAUGAGAAGGUUCGUAACCGCAUGAAGGAUAUCUGGAGCAAGAUAAGAGGCAAGAAAACAAACACUAAGCCUCUGACGACUGUGAGCCCACCUCCCAAUCCGUAAUCUCAAAAACAUUUCAGGAUAUACCAUCGUAAAAUAUUCCAAAAUCAAUGGUUUUAUGAUUAUACACCAUUGGGUUGAUAUUUCAGUAGCUACUAUAUAACAUAACUCAGCACAUUGCGAACUUAUUGAUCAACUUGGAACUCUACAAACGUUAAUGGGUUGAUCUAACUUUGUGAUAAAAGGUAUUUAGCAUAUCAGUUUGUCUAUAUUAGCCUGUUGCAAUUAUCUGUUUCAAAUAAUAAUCUAUGUUCCGAUCUUUUCAAUUUGUCUAUAUCUUGUUUCAUACGUAACUUUAUUAGAAACAACUUCUUAUUAUUAACUAGCACUUAACUAGCACAAAUUUAUUAUUAGCACAGACUGCAUUAAUAUUAUAUGUUAUUUUAGCAGCGAAAUCAGCACCGAAAUACCAAUCGUUUCCAUACAAUAGUCCAUAUCCGAUCGCUGGUACGUGUUUCAUUAACGACAUCACCGCUACAGGUGGAAUUGAUCAACUGAUUGUACUUAUUCAAGUAUUUAUAUUUGAAUCCUCGAAUAUUUUUUCAUCGUUUUAAGUGUUAAAAACUCUUCCCACACUCUAACUGCCGAUCGAAUUACGGGGGCCGUUUAACUCAGCCGAUCGACUUCCUCAGAAACCUGCGAACUGGCGAAGAUCCGCGACUAAUUCUUCUUAUUAAUAUUUCUCUUAAACCCACGCUGAAGUGACUUAAAUAAUAAACAAAAAAGAUCUUAGUUGUAAUUUUAACAAUUCCUUCAAUUGCGUCAGAAUGAAAUCUACGCCAGUGAUUAUGACAGAAUUUGGGUUAUUGGAGAGCAGCCAUAAAUUAGCUUCUUAGAUGUAAUUUACUUCAAUAUGUAACUCAAUAAAUUUAAGCAGGACACUUGCUGAGUGAGUUAUUUGCUUCAACUGGUUAUUAUGUGACACGAAAUGAUUGACAAAAAUAUACAGUUUCUGCAA